GAAAUGCUGUCAUUCUGGGAUGUGGUCAUUUAUUUCUCUGCAGAGGAAUGGGAAUGCCUGGGCCCUACUCAAUGGAAAUUGUACAAGGAUGUGAUUUUGGAGAAUUACAACAACCUUGUGUUCUUGGGUCUUGCUUCCUGUAAGCCAUACCUGGUAACAUUUCUGGAGCAACGACCAGAACCUUCUGAUGUGAAGAAACAAGCAGCAGUACCUGCCAUGCAAGCAGGAAAAAAAUGUUAUACAUGAGAGUGUGGCAAAUCCUUUGAUUGGAAAUCAAAAUUUAGUAAGCAUCAGAGAAUUCAUUUAAGAGUGAAAUCCUACAAGUGUGAAGAAUGUGAUAAAGCCUUUCGUGUUCCAUCAUUACUAAGGGAACACAAGAGAGUUCAUAUAGGAGAGAAACCAUACAAGUGUGAACUAUGUGCUAAGGCCUUCCAUGGUCCAUUAUUACUUAAUAAACACAGGAGAAUUCAUGCAAAGGAGAAACACUUCAGUUGUCAAGUAAAUGGUAAGGCCUUUCAUUUUUCAACUGUACUUUCAGAACACAAGAAAAUUUAUACAGCACAGAAACCCUACAAGUGUGAAGUAUGUGACAAGGCCUUCCGGUUUUCAUCAUUACUUUCUGAACACAAGAGAAUUCAUACAGGAGAGAAACCCUACAAGUGUGAAACAUGUAGUAAGGUCUUCCAUGCUCCAUCAUUACUUUCUGUACACAAGAGAAUUCAUACAGCAGAGAAACCCUAUAAGUGUGAAGUAUGUGGCAAGGCCUUCCGUGUUCCAUCAUUACUUUCUAAGCACAAAGUAAUCCAUACUGGAGAAAAACCCUACAAGUGUGAAGUAUGUGACAAGGCCUUCCAUUAUCCUUCAAUACUUUCUAAGCAUAAGAGAAUUCAUACAGGAGAAAAACCAUACAAGUGUGAUGUUUGUGGAAAUGCCUUCCGGUUUCCAUCAUUACUUUCUGAACACAAGAGAAUUCAUACUGGAGAGAAACCCUACCAGUGUGAAGUAUGUGAGAAGGAUUUCCAUUGUCCAUCAUUACUUUCUAAACACAAGAGAGUUCAUACAGGAGAGAAAACAUAUACGUGUGAAGUAUGUGGCAAGGCCUUCCGUGCUCCAUCAGUACUUUCUGUACACAAAAGAAUUCAUACAGGAGAAAAACCAUACAAAUGUGAAGUAUGUGGCAAGGCCUUCCGCUGCCCAUCAUUACUUUAUAAACACAAGAGAAUUCAUAAUGGAGAAAAACUCUACAAGUGUGAAGUAUGCGCCAAGGCUUUCCAUUCUCCCUCAUUACUUUCUAAACACAAGAGAAUUCACACAGGAGAGAAACCCUACCAGUGUGAAGUAUGUGGCACAGCUUUUAGGACUUCCCGGAUUCUUUCUACUCACUUGAUAAUGCAUUCUGGAGAGAAACCUCACAAGUGUGAAGAAUGUGGAAAAGCUUUUUCUACAAAAUCAUACUUACGUCAGCACAAAUUAACUCACGAUGCAGAGAACCCUUACAAAUGUACAGUAUGUGACAAAGUGCUAAAAAAUACAAAAAACUUUAUGGAUCAUCAAAGAAUUCAUUCUGGAGAGAAACCUUACAGGUGUAAAGAAUGUGGCAAAGAUUUUAGAAGUUCUACAGCACGUUCUAAACAUCAGAUAAUUCAUACUGGAGAGAAACGCUACAAGAGUGAAGAUUGUGGCAAAAAGCUACUACCAGUCUUCUGGUCUCAAGCAACAUGGAAGAAUUCAUUUGUGAGAAAAACCACACAAGUGUGAAGAACAUGCCGAGAUAGUCUGUACUCACUAAGAACUUUCAAAAUACCUGAUAAUUCUUACCGGACAUUAAUGCCACAAGUGAGAAAAAUGUUACGAACCCUUUAGGAGGUUGACCAAUAUUUCUCAACACAUGGUAGUUCAUACUGAGGAGAAAUAGUACAAGUCUUAAAAUGUUCACGAAAUAUUUUUACUUCUUGAUAUCAUAAAAGAUAUCAAAAUUUUUCAUUUUGAAUAGAAGCCCUCUAUGUGUGGGAAAUGUGGGAAGGUCUUUGAAAUCAUUCAGACCUUGCCCACACAAAAGAAUAAGUUGUAGAGGCCAGCCAUACACAUAUACAGAAUAUAGAAUGUUUUCAUUCAUCAUCAUGGCCCUCAGUAGAAUUCGUGCUGGAGAGAAACAUCACGGCUGUGGAGAGUAUGAGAUGCCUUUAAAAGUUCCUCAAACCUUAAACAAAAGGAAAGCACUCAUACUGAGCAACCAUGACACAAAUGUGACUAGUGUUCAAAUGGUUUUAUUUAUCAUUCGUUCCGUAUUGUACAUCACGAAGUCACACAUGAGUCUCUGCAAAUACAGUGUAUGACCAGUUGUUUAGAUGGUCUUCAUGUCUCUACUCACAUCAUAGGAUUCCUAUUGGUAAAGUGCACUAUAAAUGCUAAGACUGUGGCAAGACCUUCACCUGGUUGUCACAUCAAAAGUGUUCUUCAAAAUGUCUUGAGUGAGAAAUUUGAUACACCCAAAUAAUGCAGAUUGUCUUCAAUAAUAUUUCUAAUCUUUAUCACCACCAGAAAUAUUUGUUGAUAAGAAGCUUUGCAGGUACUUAUAUCCUAUUUUGCUUCUGAUAAAGUUUACACAGAUAAACAACAUGUGAUAUUGUCUCAAGUAGGUACAUGACUGAAACUCAUUGACCCAUGGGCGUGUCUGUGGGGCAUUACCAUGAAUACUAACAAUGUACACGAAUCUAGACCACAAGGUGAUGCCAGUGCUCCUUGGAGAGCCACUCCUGGACAGGUGGUCCCAGGUGGUCCCAGAUGGUCCCAGGUGCAUGAGAUCGCUGACUGAACCCAAGUCAGAGAGAUUACAGCAAACAGCAUUCUACCAUGGUUUCUGUUUUUUCUGAAAUCUGCUGCCCCAGAUUUCAGCUGUGUUUCUCUGCCCUGACUUCAAGGAAUGCUGAAGUGCAAUCCACAUCACUCCCUUUCUCUCCUGUGCAGGUGCUCAUCAUGGCUUUUAUCGCAACAACAGAAACCGCACUGAGUAAAGAAUGUGGCAAGGUUUUCCACUCUUCUUUAUGCCAUAGUUAUCAUCAGAGCCUCUUUCCUUGAGACAAUGUCACAUGGCUCUGAGGUUUGUUCAACCUGAACUCUACAUUAGAGCAUUCGCAUUGGAUAAAGCUCCGCUGUUACAAAGGAUAUGGUAAAGUGCUUCUUGAUUUUUUUAUUGUCAGUUGAACACCAUGGUGUAGAGGAAUCCUGUGAAAGCAAAUGAAACUGUAAAUAGAUGAACCAUGAGAAAAUGAAAUUAGUCAUGAGAAAAUCAUAUUUAAGAGAAACUACUGUAAACUCCAACAAAAGGUUAUUUGACACACCUUCAUAUUAAGAAUUUUUUGUUGAGAAAACCUACAGAUACAAAUCAUGUGGAACACGUUCAGUUUAAACUCAAUUUUUGUUAACCACAAGUGAAUUCAUAUUAUGUAAAAACCUUGUACAAAUAACUCCAGCAAUAACUUUUAAUUUUGUCCAACAUACACACUUUAUAAGACUAAAUGAGGUUAUAUCAGAAAACAUUUAUGUAGGCAAAGAAUAUAGCAAAGUAUUUCAUCCUCCCUUAGAUAACAAUCAAUAGAAGGAAAUUAGUAUAUAAGAGAAAUCCUGUUAAUAUGGAGUGUUGAAAAUUGAGAGGUAUUGCUUCGGAUUAUUGUGACAUCAUUGUUUGAUUGCUGGGGAAAAAAUACAAGUAAUGGAUGCCAUAAUCAUGCAGUUUACUCAAGACUGUGGUAAUCCUUUUCUUAUAUAAACAAAAUUAUUACGUUGACCAAGAUAUUGGGGGAGCCAGUUAUAUGAUGAAGGGAAUUCCAGGAUCUGCUAAAGAAACCUACAAGCAGUGAGGAGCAUGCAUAGGAGAUAGGUUAUAUGUCUUCCUGGUGAAGCUGGAAGGGUGGGGCCACAUUAAGUCCUUUGAGAUCAACACCAGUGCUGCCAAAGUCCCAAAAAGUGGAGCCAUCUGAUUGUGUAUUUGUUCUUCUCGAUUUUGGGCUAAUCCUUCUGUACUGUGUUCUAAUUAUUCUGACUCUGAAUAGCAUGUUUGUUCUGUGUCAGUGUGUGGUGGAAGUAGUCACUUGGUUUUUAGAUUGCAGGAGCUUAUGAGUAAGAGUUUUUCUUGCAUCUCACAUUAGAUAUGUACUGGAAUCUUUUAAUCCUUCAAGUUAUGAAACACUCUGUGGGAUUUUCUAUUUGGAUUCUAUUUUACUUAUGAGUAAAUAUAUAAAUUGUUUAUAUUAUUAAUUUAUAUUAAUAUAUUAAAUAUAUGAUAUAUAAAAUAUAUUGAUUAUAUAUUCACAUCAUUGGUUGUGUUCCUCUAGAAACAGCUUACUAAUAGAUACCUUACUCAACCAACAAAACCAGUAACAAAGGCUAUCCAGGUAAAAUGGUUUGGGCUCAUAAUCCUAGCACUCAGGAGGCACAAGCAAGAAAAUUAGGAGAACAAGAUUAUCCUCAUCUUCACAGAGUGUGUGAAGUCUGCUUGGAAUAUAUGGGAUUAUCUCAAAUGGUAUAAGUUAUGAUUCUCAAACUUAUUUGUACACAUUUUAAAUUAUUGGAAUUUCAUUUAAUACUUUCUAUUGCAGAAUUCUUCAAUCCAGUCUUUGUUGGUGGAAUAUUCUGUUCCACCAGCCAACUCCACAGUAACAGCAAGUGACUUAUUAUUAAUUUUAAAUUCUCAGCUUAUAGCUUAGUCUUGUCAAUUCUUCUAACUUAAAUUGACACAUAUUUUUUAUGUACUACUGCAUGGCAAAUUACCUUUUUCAGCAUGGCAAGUUCAUCUCCCAGCAUCUCCUGUUGUCUCCACCUUCUUCAUCUCAGAGAGCUCUUUCCCUGUCUGGAAGUCUUGCCUAACCUCUUCCUGCCUAGCUACUGGCCAUUAAGUUCUUUUCUGAACCAAUGAGAACAACACACUUUAACAGUCCCAAAAGAUUGUCACACAACAAGUUUUUACCAAAUGUGAGUUGCCUGUGGGUGACAUGUCUUCUAUCUCUUUGAGCAUCAACACGAGCAUUAUUGUGAGUACAGUGUCUACUCCAUGUGUGCUGGACUCUUAAUGACCAUUACUUCAGGGAAUAUGUUCUUUGAGCAUUGGACAGAGAUGUGAAACUUCUGUCAUUUUUCAGAAGCUAUACUAAUUUCUCAAAUUACUUUAAAAUAAAAUUGACAGGUACACAGUACCUGUUUGCAGAUUUUCCAUUUGAGUGGGCCUGUAGGAGCACACGAAGUAUUCAUAAACAUUGCAUGGUUCUAAAGUCUGUCAGGACUGUUAAUAUUUACCAUAAAAUUUAAUUAUCUGUAUCACUCAUUCUCUUUUGCCUAAUUACAGAUUCUGGUAUUGAUGUUGCUAUGAUGUAGUAAAUGAAACUCAUGCUCGGUCAUUGCAAGGAAGAAUAAAACCAGAAAGAGGACAUGAAUUCCUCACAGUGGUUGAAAUUGCAGUGGGAUCUUUCUUCUGUCUCAGCUCAGAAACAGCUUUCUGAAGAACCAUGGGCCAUCACAUGACAAUGUACCCCUCCUUUUAUAAAGGUUUGUACUUUGGUCUCUGGCUUGACCAGUUCAGAAAUGAACAUUACAGAGAAGAGAGAUGGGAUCCCAUUGUCACAUGUGUCUAUGUAGCUUCUUUAUUUCAGUGAGCCCAUUUGUAAUUCCCACAAAUGUAUUUCUAAUGGUCCUUCUACACAUUAAAGCAUCAUCUCUGCUUCCUGAUUUGGGGAAAGUGAGGGAAGCUCAAGACAGAAACUCUGGACUUUGAAAACACUGCCACAUGGGAGAGAUGUCAAAAUCAGUAAGAAGAAAGACUAAUCAAGCCUAAGGCAAGGGAAGCACUGCAAUGCACGACGGACCGUGAGUCAGUGCACACUCUGGUGAGACACCAUGAGUCAGUGCAUACUCAGGUGAGAUCCCAGGCGCUGUGUCCCUCCUCUUGAAGGAGGUGCAGGGGAGGAAAGCAUGCGCUCAGGGAACAGAUGGUUUUCAGCUUGCCUGAGUUUGUAAAAAAAAAAAUCAGGGAAAGGUGUGUCAAUUUAUAGCACAACUCUAACAAGAUUUAAUUUCUUACACAAAUUAAUGGAUAAAAGUGUGCACAAGACACUUAUGGACAUACGGAAAGAUGCUAAGUGGUGCAGUGGGAGGCUGCUUGUUGGUUCCCUGCCGCUUAGCCCCGACAUAAUCACACAGUGAUUGAUUAAAUCACUACUUGGUCCGUUAGUACUAGCUUCUUAUUGGCUAACUCUUAUAUUAACCCGUUUCUUUUAAUCUAUAUAUCACCACAUGGCUGUGGCUUUCCGGGUAAAGUUCCCAACAUCUGUCCCCAGAGGCGCAUGGCUUCUCUCUGACUCCCAGCAUACAGAGCUAGCUUUCCUCCUCUUAGCUCUGUUCUUCCCUGCUGUAGGCUCAAAGCAGCUCUUUAUUCAUUAACCAACAAAAGCAACACAUAGACAGAAGGACCUCCCACACCACAGUCGAUUCUGGGAAUUCUUUGCCUGUAGAAUUUUGCAGUGGGUCAGUGAUUCUGAAAUUUCUUUCAUCUGCUAACCUACACCGUACCCUGGAACGAUUACUAUGUACACACACACACACACACACACACACACACACACACACACACACACAACUGCAUCUCCAGAUAUGGAGUUUCACCUGCUUAUGGUUCCCAGUGCAUCAAUACAGAAGAAAUUGUUUAUUUAUCUGAGUGUUAGGACUAAGCCAAAGCCUCCCUCAUUCUGGGCAAGCGCUUGACCCCUAAGAUAGCUAUCUAUCCCUGUUAUCCCUGUUUGUAGUUUGUACUUAGAGAUGAGGUGUCUGUAAAUGGUCCGAGUUAGCCAUGGAUAAGGCUUCCUUCUGCGUUAAGAUCUAGAGCACCUGGGAUGACAGGCUGGGCACAAAGACUGGUUUCAAACUCACGUGAAACAGUUACUCUCAGUCCUGCAUUAGCUUCUCCCUUUGUUAUUUUACAGUAAACCUAAGUCAAUGUGAACUUUCCUUACUCCAGCAGGUCUAUAUUAAGUAGACCUGAGGUUUAUAAUCACACACACACACACAAAAAAAAGUGACCGGAGUAACUAUAAAACUUAAUAAACUACUGUCAAAGUUCGGCUCACAUUCUGAAUCUCAUUUUGUCUUGUUGACAUGUCCUUUGCUUUACAGAAGCUUCUCAGUUUCACGGGUCCCAUUUA